GAUUGUCAAUGUAAAAUUUUCUUUCGGAAAGUUGAAAUCUAUUGAAAUAGAAAACAAAACAGUUUCAAGACAUCUAGCAAAAAUAAAUAAAUUAUAAUGUCCUAUCAACUUUAUAGAAACACUACAUUAGGACACACUUUACAAGAAAGUCUGGAUGAAUUGCUACAGUAUGGACAAAUAACACCACAGUUAGCGAGCAAAGUUCUACUACAAUUUGACAAGUCAAUCAACCAAAUUUUGGCAACAAAAGUUAAAUCUCGCCUAACCUUCAAAGCUGGAAAACUAAAUACUUACCGAUUUUGUGAUAAUGUAUGGACCUUCAUGUUGAAUGAUGUGGAGUUCAGGGAGGUGCAAGAAAUCACGAAAAUCGACAAAGUGAAAAUUGUUGCCUGUGAUGGAAAAAGUACUGAUAAUUAAUUUUAAAUUAUUGGUGGACUGGGAGGCUUUUGAUGUUGGAGAGGAGGGGUCAUCAAAAAAAUGAUUAAAGCCAAUAUAUUACUACUUAACACAAAAAUCAAGGGAAAUACAAUUGUUUGUUUUUUUUUUUUUAGUGUAAAUAUUUGUAAGUCUAGUUCUUAUAUGCUUUAGCUGGAAUAUAUGUAUGUUUCAUUAUUAGUGAUUAAAGCUGUAGAAAAUAUAUCAUGUUUGAUAUUUUAAUUUUUGGUAAAUUUUAAUAAAGUACUGAAUAUCUUAAAAGAU